AUGGUUCUCUGCACAGUUACUUUACUUUCUGCUCUGACAGGUGACAGUUUUCAACAGACCAUCCAGCCAAACCAACAUGAAGUGUAUGGAGAGGAGGGUAGUAAUGUUCAACUUUCCUGCUACUGCUCCUCAGCAUACAGUGUACUGUGGAAUAAACAGUAUCCAGGAUCAGUUCCCCAAUACCUUCUGCUCAUCCACCAUGCCUCUAGGACUGUAGUGAGAGCUAAACCUCCCUACACUCACUUCCCUAUUAAACUGACCAGAGAGAAGACCUGUGGAUCUGGAGAUCUCCUUGCUGAAGUGAGAGACCCUGCUCUGUCCUGCUGUGCUGUGAUAUCCACAGUGACACUUCACUCACUGACUCAGCACUCAGCAGAACUCAGGAUCAGACAGCUGGUGCUUAUUCUACACAUCCUGCCAUCUACAAUGUUGUUCUGUUCACUAUCACUCUUCUUUCACCCGAUACUUGGUGUCAGUUCUGAACAGGUUUUAACACCCUACACUGAUGUAGAAGUGGCUUCAGAAAGGGACAGAGUUUCUCUCUCUUGUAACUACACCUCUUCUGUUAACACUCUUCUAUGGUAUCGACAAUAUCCCAAAUCAGAACCACAGUUACUGGUUAUGGAGUACGCAGAUAUUACACCAGGGUUCACUCUAAAUCAUGACAACAAUGUUAAACGUAUGGAUCUGGAGAUCUCCUCUGCUGAAGUGAUAGACUCUGCUCUGUACUACUGUGCUCUGAGACACAAACUCUGA